AUAUUAUUUUAUUUAAGCUUUAUCGAUACUACAACACACUUAUUUUUUUCUAACAUUACUUGUUUUAAAUUUGCAGUCCUUAAAGGGGGAUCAUGACUACUAACUAGGAAACAAAGAUUCAUAUGGCAAAUCAAAGUUCUAAUUGUCCUUCUACCAAUUCCACACAAAAUCAAACAAAUAAACCAAUUUCAUCCUUCUUAGGUUCACCAAGAAUUUUCAAUGGCCUUUUAACUAGAAGUCUAUCUGACAUUGGAAAUAUCAAAACAAAUCGAGGUCGACUAUAUGAUACUGAAAUAGUCACUAGCCCAAAUUCCAUUCUUGAUGGCAUGCAAAAUCUUAAUGUUGGGAACCCUUUUGGUUAUGAUAGAAAACCAUCAAACCCCAUCACUAAAAAUACGUCUAAGUUUCAAACAAGUGGAGGUCGGCUAUAUGACUCGGAAGGUGUAGUUAGCCCAAAUUCCAUUCAUGAUGGCAUGCAAAAUCACAAUCUUGGCAACCCUUUUGGUUAUGAUAGAAAAACACCAAACCCCAUCACUAGAAAGCCACCAAACAAGAAGUUGGAAUCAGAAAGUAUUGGACUUGCUCUCGUUGAUCCUAAAGUAACUAGUGAAAAAUCACCUGUUCUAUUUGGAGCAAAACUCAAAGUUGAAAUCCCAUGUUCAAUUGAGGUGAAAAAUACUUGUGAGGAUUUUGGUGAAAUGGAGAGUUCAGAGGACUAUACUUGUGUGAUAUCUCAUGGUCCAAAUCCAAGAACAACUCAUAUAUUUGAUAAUUGCAUUGUUGAGAGGUGUUGUGGAGUCAGAAAGUUGAGGGAGAAUUCUUGCAAAGUUGAUCACACUGAGGGAAAGGACAUCUAACAUGUAACUAUCUCUUUAGCUCUCAGGUAGGAGUAUGAUUUGCGUAGACUCUAUUCUUUUCAGAUCGCUUUAAUUUAUGAGAUUACAUUAAAUAUGUUGUUGUUGUUCGUGUUUUGUAGCUUUUACUUGUGAAUCAAAGCUUAGAGUUUAGUGGUAUCGAUAGAAAAUUCACUAUAAUGUUUGAGUUCAA